AUGUCUGACAAAAAUAAAAAAAGCCAUGUGAAUUGUUCUGUUUAUGGCUGUAAUUCUUUAUAUUCCACAUCAUCAAAUAUUAGCUUUCAUCAUUUCCCUAAAGAAAAUGAACGUAAAGUUUUAUGGACAAAUAAAUUUGGUAAUAAUGAUCUAGUUGAUAGAAGACAGUUGUGGGCUAUUCAAUUACGAAUGGGAAAAGAAACUUUGAAAAAAAAGAACCUCAGAGUCUGCUCAAAGCACUUCACCGUAAAUGAUUUUUUUUGUCAAAGUGCAAUGAAUAAAAAAAGACGUCUAUUUAUGACUGCAAUUCCGACCCAAACAUUGCCAGUAUCAAGUGUUCAUAAAACAUCACCCAAAAAAAGACCUAGUCCUAAGAACAGAAAAAAAAGUGACAUAUAUUCUACGCAAAAAGCAGAAGUGGUUAAUCUAUUAUUUUUGUCAGGCAGCUUUAGAUUAUGA